GAGGCAACAGUCCGUAUGUAUUGGCCAGAGCAUUGCCAGCUAUCAGUAUUAGUUCGGCCGUCCUCAUGUGCGCAUCCGAGGCGCUCUGCGCGACAUCGUUACGACCAUUUCAUUAGAGAAAAACGAACUUGGUGUUUAUACAUACAGAACACGUUCAUCGCGCCUUUCUGCGUAUACUCGUGCGAACCGGAAUAUAACGAGUAACGUUCCAAGUGAUUCGGUGGAGUUAACCGAAACAAACAAUCGGCAAGCAAAAAUAAUUUCAAAAUAAUCGUAUAACGUUAACGUUUCUUUCCAACGUAAAUUACCGUAAGAAGUGCAUAUCUAUUAACAAUGUGAAUCGUCGAAUGUUUGAUUUACUCUCUUCUUGUUUUAACCGUCGAUCGAUAGAAAAUUAUUAAUAACUCGUCGUAUUGUUUCGAUAAAGUUACUGGUAAACGAAGAAGAGGUAUCUUUCGAAUUGUUUAACGCUUUAACGCGUUUAUGGCAUAUAAUUGUCGAUGAAAUAUUUUCGUUGUCUUACGAUUGUUGUUAUUACGUAAAGGGUACGAAGCGCAAAGUGUACCGCGAUGCGACGUACAGAUAAAUAACCGAAUUAAAUUAGUUUUACUCGCGUAAUUUUUCUGGACGCUGUCGCCGUGAUCCAUUCGUAUUACGUUACUCGCGGGGCCGUAUCGAAUAACCGGUCUUUUUUCCGCUCCGAACUUUUACUUCCGACAAUGAAUCAGUCAACCACAUGCUUCGUUUUCGUAACGUCUCACCGAAGGUAAACAAAACAAUCGGCGAUUCGAUCGUACGAAAAUACACGUAGUUUCGACGAACCGUCGAGAACGAAGGGAAAUUAACGGAGCAGAAGUUUCGUGGCGAGUGCGUUGUAUAUCAUCGAGAGUAUCGAAGGACACGAGGACCGGAGAAUCUCGAGUCAGCAUCUAAGAAAUCUUAUCUAAGUUCUCGUGAUAAAUUUCGGAUAAACUGUCUGUGUAAUGGAAGAUUAAUGGGACCGAGUGUCCUCUGAAAGUCCGUGAAAUGUGUCGUAUCCUUGCAUCCAUGUUGGCGACGAGAUUUCGCAGGACGUCGAAAAGUCGCUCGACGGGACUCGAUCUUAAAUAAAAUCAACUUUGCAGUUUCAUUCGGUCGAUAAUCUCCGUUUCAAAUAAUUUAUAAGAAACUACGUAAUAGAAGGAGUCGAAAAUUUUCAUAAAAACGUUCACCAGGUUAUGGAAUAUCGGAACUUGUUUUUAAAAAAAUCUACGACUGUUUUUCUUUGCUAUUACUCCGAGAAAGUAGGCUAUUGAAGCAUACGUCAAGAAAUUUGGAUGAAUUUAAGAACUGAUAAAGACGAUUCGUCCAUCGUACGAGUGUCCUUUUAAGUGUGUUUCUGAUCCGCUAGAAUUUAUCGCCGGCAAGUAACUUGUAUUUCAUUGUACGUGUGAAACUAUUUAAAGUCGAUGCUGUGAAACUGAACGUGAUAGGUGAUGUAUGGUAAAUAUUUUAAUAUCGUUGGGAACCGCUGACGCCAUUGUGACUUUUAUCAGGAUUAGAAGAACAGGUGUCGCCCCGUCAUGAAUACACCGCAAGAGCCGAAGCAGUACCGUUCGCCGUAUGGGUGCCUGGGUUGACGAUCGUUUCGCGGAGGAGGAGGCGGUCCCGAUUAACCAGGGCCCGAGAAGAAGGAAAGCAUCCUGCAUCCUGGGCCACGUUUGCGAUGGUGGCGGCCCAGAUGCGAUUCACCAGCGUACAACGAAGAACUUUAAGAAUUCGUGCAGAUCGUCAGCGUCGUUGUUGCCGUUACGCCGUCAGUUUACUAGGCAGCUCUACGAGUGGCCCGGUUUACCAUUGUUUAAAUCAAGGACGAAACUAGAUCAGUUUUGAAUCGAUCGCGCGAAUCGCGAUCAAAUUUAACCGCGAUAUGACUUUUUUUCUAGCGACGCGCGUGUUUUUAAGUGGUACGAAAAGGGAGAGGAUAUAAAAGGAUAAGAAGAGGAAGAAAAACGGGGUAUAUGUUUGAUCUAAUUUACACGGAGAUCGACGAAACGAGAAACGAAAGAGAGAGGUAGUUGAAUCGUUAAACGAGAAGGAAGAAUAGGUUCGAUGUCGUUGCGUCGGCCGUUCGAGGACUGCGCUUAAACAGCAGAGUCCUCCUUGUUCUUGGUACCAUCAUCAUGGCCGAGUGGGCCAAGUUCAAUGGCGAGGAGAAGCUGACUCAAUCGAGCAACACGAUCGAGACAGAGAGCGAUAACAAAGAGGAGGAGAACGGUACCGGUGGAUCGCGUGGUGACUCGAGAAACGCCGAGGUGAUAGCACGAAAAAGCGAUGAAGAGUUGUUGAUCGAGAAAAGACGUUCUUCCGUAAACAGGACUCCUCAGGAAACGCCGCGUAAAACGGAGUCGCGAAAAGCUAGCGACGCGACCUCGUCGGAAUUAAAUUCUUUGGUGAAGAACGCGUCACGAUUGAGAAAAAAUUCCGAUCAGAUCGGAAUUCUCACCGAGGAACGAUCAAAGAUCUUGAACGAUCAGAGCUACGUGAAUGAUGCGGCGAUCGACAAGGACGAGGAGAUACGAAAUUGUUUGGAGAAGACGUUCGAUGCUUACAACGAGCCUGGCUCGAAGAUCCGGCAGGAAGCUAGGCACGAAUUGAGAGAAUCGAAAGAAUCGCAGAACUCGGUGAAAAAGCCUGACAGUUUGUACAAGGACAACGUUGCCAGCCCGCAGAAGCGUAAGAGCGUUUUCGUAGAGCGUAGUUCGAUUUUCGGCUCUCCGACGAAGAUCCUGUCGAAGAAUCGUUCGCCGUCCGAGAAGAGUACCGAGAAGUUAGUCAACGGGAAAUCGCCGCGGGAGGAGAAGCAACAACAUCAUGUGCAAUUUAACAAAGACUCGAAGAAGCAGCAGUGCCGGGAGAAGAGGCCGCAAUCGAGCCCUUCGCUACCACCGUCGACCACCAGCAGUUCCGAGGAUAAUUCCAGCUUGGGGCAAUUGUGCGAGGCUACACCACCCGAUGGCGGUUGGGGAUGGGUGGUCGUCGCAGCUUCCUUCAUGGUUAACCUCAUAGCCGACGGUAUUACGUUCUCGUUCGGCGUGAUCUACGUGGAAUUCCUCAACUAUUUCGGCGAAGGGAAAUCGAAGACGGCCUGGAUCGGUAGCUUGUUCAUGGCGAUGCCGUUGUUGUCCGGCCCCGUGGCCAGUUUCCUCACGGACAGAUACGGUUGUCGAAAAGUUUCUAUAGCGGGCAGUAUCCUAGCGACGACCGGUUUCGUUAUAAGUUCUUUCGCCAAUUCCAUGGAGGUUCUGAUAUUCACUUUCGGAAUUCUCGCUGGCUUCGGUUUGUCUUUGUGUUUCGUGGCCGCCGUGGUGAUCGUCGCUUACUAUUUCGAUAAGAAGAGAUCUUUCGCGACAGGUUUGUCCGUCUGCGGUAGCGGUAUAGGAACGUUCAUCUUUGCCCCGCUUACGCAGUAUCUGCUGGCCGAAUACGGCUGGCGGGGAACCACGCUGAUAUUGGCCGGUCUGUUCUUCAAUCUGGCUGUCUGCGGCUGUCUUAUGAGGGAUCUCGAAUGGACCACCACCAGAGCGAAAGCGAAGACCGAGGAGAGACGGAAAAAUCGCGAGAAAAAGAGGACCAGGAUACAGAGCUCGAGCGUGGACUCGUUCUCCGCGAAUAGUUCGCUCAACACUCUCACGAUCAUGGAGAAUCUUCGGACUCAAGAGGAAGAGGAGGAGGACGGUGAAAAGCUAUUUUCCAGUCUGGUAAGCUUACCCACGUUCGUGAAGAACGGCGAAAAGGUACCGUUGGAGGUAUUGGAACUACUUAGUACUCGUAAAAACGUGUACAACGUGUUACUGCAAAAUUAUCCGAGUCUGCUCAUCUCCUCGAGGAGCUUCAGCGAUUCCGGGCCGCUUCACGAUCAGCUGAGCACACCUUCGGCCAGAUUCGUGCCCACGCCGAGCUCUUUGUCCGAGUUGAAGAGCGAGGAAAACAAGGACAAGGUCUUGCCCAACGACGAGCAAACUCUUCGACAGCAAACGGACGCCGCUUGGCGAUUGUGGUGGUUGAAGAAGAUCAAUCUGGAUAGCUCGUUGAGAAGAUCCAGCACUCUCGAGCAUACCAGGAGGCUACCCACUGCCUAUUUGAAGGAUAUCAGAGUGCAUAGGCAGAGCCUUACGUAUAGAGGCGCUAUGUUGAAUAUAAAUCGAUAUCGACUCAGAGCAUCCAGUUGUCCGGAUAUUUAUAGGAACUCGAUGACCACCAUAGCUAAAACCAAACUCGUCUGGUACGCCGGUCUCUGGGAAUUUUGGGACCUCAUCGUCGAUAUGCUUGAUUUUUCUCAUUUCGCUGAUUCGCGUUUCUUGCUGUUCGCCAUUAGCAAUUUCCUUCUACAUACCUGGUACGACGUGCCCUACGUCUAUUUGACGGACAACGCAAUCGAGAUGGGCUUUAGCGAAACCGACGCAUCCAUUUUAAUAUCGGUCAUAGGAAUAACCAACAUGGCUGGAGAGAUUCUGCUUGGUUGGGCAGGCGACAGAGCAUGGGUAAACGCAUCUAUCGUAUAUGCGGUAUGCAUGGCAUUUUGUGGCGCGGUGACGGCUUUAAUACCCAUGGUAAUUGGUAAUUACUAUGCCUUAUGCGCGAUCUCUGGUGCUUUUGGAUUAUUCAUCGGGGCGAACUACAGUCUUACCAGCAUCAUCCUCGUCGAACUGAUCACGCUGGAAAGAUUCACAAACGCGUAUGGCCUUCUACUCUUGGUCCAGGGUGUUGCAAAUCUUAUGGGUCCUCCGUUGGCUGGAUGGCUUUACGAUAUCACGGGAACGUACGAUUUGUCGUUCUACUUAGCCGGUUUCUUCAUUGCGCUGAGCGGAGUUCUUUUACUGGCGAUGCCUUUAAUCAGCCUAUACCGGAAAUGUUUGCACAGAUCGAGGAAAGAGGAAACUGACGAAGAUUUUGCAAACGUGAACAGAGUCUGAAGGACGACGGCGACCGAUCACGUUAAUCGUUUCUAAGGAAACUAUAAUACGAUCAUCGAUAAUGAAAUACCGAUGUACAUCGAUCUGUAAUCUAUGUUAUCGAUUCAACGGAAUUUAUGGAAACGCAACGUUUCCAACCAAAAGGAAUUGCAAUUAGCAGCUAUGCAAUUAGUUUUACAGCGGUAUCUUUUUCCCGCGUUGCGCUGUAAACCUAUCGCGUAUUUUACAUUCAAUUGAACUUUCGUGGUUCCUUCGUAGAAUAGCGUAUAUACAAGUUAAUUAAACAGUUUAGCGCGUUAAGUGAUUUAUCUAAAUAAAAAAAAAAAGAAGAAAUAACGUUUUUUGAGGCAUCUUCUUUCAUUAAGGAUUUAUAUGUCCUCUGAGUUUCGCGCGUGUUCGAACGACGAACAAUCGAUCGAUCCAAUGUACAAAUAAGAAAGAUGGACAACUAUCGUUAGUAUCCAAAGAUUAUAUUACGAACGAUCUGAAAAGAAAUACUUCGAUACGUAAACUGAUCAAAUGGUGAAUUAACGAGCACUGUACGAUCGCUGUUUGUCAUUUAACAUCCGAUGAUAUUUACACGAAUAUCGUAUUCACUUUGUAUUCGGCAGUCUCGGAUAAUCGUACUAGCAACGAUGCUAGAGCAAAAGUGAGGGCGAAAAUGUUGCUAAUUUUACAAAGUUUGAAAUACUAUUAAUCGCUGAAAUAGUUAAAAAACGAUAUGUAACGAGGAACAGAAGUUUACGAUUAGUCAUAGACGAUAUCACGAUAAAAGUAAUGUAUAAAUUGAAAUAAGCUUGCUUUAGCAAUAAAGUGCACACACUUUUCGAAUCGGUUUCAACGUCAAGUGUGAUUGAUAAUUAAGAAAAGUUUGAAUCUCAGGAUAAUAGAUAAACAAUAAAAGCGAUAAUUUGAUAAACGUGAUUCAACCAUUCUUAUUCCUCCUAGGAUUAAAAACGAAAUUCGUCUUGUACUUUUUCACCAUGCGUUCUCGAGGAAAAGAUAAUGGAAGAACGAAAAAAAAAAAAAAAAAAAAAACGUUCCUUUCGGCGUAAAUUUUUUCACUCGAUUGCAUUUAAAAAUCUGACAAGUUAUUUCCACAUAGCGCCGAAGAUAUCACUGUAAAUAUAAGUCAUACGAAAUAUAUACGCAACGUAUGUUAAAGUCUAUCAGUUUUCGCUGUUUCGUUGAUUUUAUUACUAAUCGUAUGUAAACAACCAGAAGUCGCCUUCACGUUCUUUUUAGCGUAAUGUUAUGCCUACUUUUGUAGUUUUGUCGAUCGAACAAAGACGAAAAGUGAGAUUAAACGAGUAACGCGAGCCAAAUAAAAACUCGAUUAGUCGUUUCAAUUUAGUUACCAUUUUUUUCCUUUCGAUUUGUGUACAUUUGUGCAUGGAAAGGUCUUAAAGACACGUAUGUAAAUAGCCAUAUAUGUAUAUAUAUAUAGCUUUUCUGUGAUGAUGAACCUGAAUUUUAUGAAAUUUUCGAGCUAUAAAUAGGUUACCUCCGUUGUCAUAGCGUGUGCAUACGUGCGUGCGUGCGUGCGUGCGUGUACAUUGAUUCUAACCAGGUAUUUCCAAUUUAUUUGCACUGCUGUCACAUUAUAUUAUAGCCUAACGGCAUCAUAUAGUCGUACACGGAUAUUGUAACUACCAUUCUUCGCAAGUUAUUUAUUAAGAUGUUAAGUAAUCUUAAAAAUUGAUGGGUUACGACUUUUCGACUCUUUAUUUUAGAUGUUCGAUCGAGUCGUAAGAAUAAAUCGGAGAUUAACGUUAAGAUUCGUAAAAAAGAAGAGAAGGAACGCGAAUCAAAGUGCAUGUUAUUCCUUGAUAUAAGCAAUUUUUUUAGAAAAUCGUUCGUACACUCAAACAAGUUAGUUCCCAAUUUUUACGGGGCCUUCGUACGACACAAAAAUUUCAAAGUAUUUUCUUCGGACAAGUAUACAAAACAAAUUCCAUUCUCCGAUAUUUUAAAAAAAAGGAAAAAAUCGGAUAUCUAUGAAUUACCAUUUGUCUUGCGUCUUAAUAUAUAUAUAUAAAUCUAUCGGCACAUUUUGCCAUUCGAGUAAUAAUUUAUUCUUUCAUCGUGGUACAAUAACUAGUUCUACAGUGCAUGUGCUCGCGUUAUAGUAGCGUGAUUAUGCAGACGCGGCCUUACGGGCGUUUACAAAAUGUAUAAAGUAAUAUUUUAUUAUGGAAACAAACUGCAUUUCAAAUAUACAAACCCGGGUCGUACGGUCGCUUCGGCCGAUCGACUUUUCAUCACAUAGUGUUUAAGUAGUUAUUAAGGUGAGGUAUGGGAUAAUAGUUUUUGUAAAGGAACUAGUGAGAACUUCCAUAAUAGCCGCGAACGGAAACAAAAACUUAUAUCUAACCUAUAUUACGAACGUUUUAAAGAAGCGAAUGUUUUUGUUCGAACGAAUGAUAAAGAUACGUUUCCAUAUAGCGAACGGUUUUGAGAAUUUGAUUGAUCCGCUGAUAAGCGUGUCGUGCACCAAGUGCGUCGUAAACGUUGAAUUCCUUCUCGAAGAUUUCUCUUCUUGACUGUUAUUCGAUAACCAAGAACGUUCUCACUACCUCUUUAUUAAUAAGAUAUCCUAUUACCCAUGGUUGAUAACCUCGAAACAAUCGCUUGAACGUUUGAAAGUGGCUUAAAGUCUAUGCAAAGACAAGAAACAAUGAAAAUGAUGAAAAAGCUCGGUUCAAGGCAUGACGCAAACACGUUAAGAGUUUCUUUUGAACUGUAAAACAGGGAAAAUUCAGAGCAGAACCGUUCUUUUAGUUUUAUACAUAGUACACAUAUAUUUAGAACAUAGCAUACUACAAAUGCUGCUUGCUACGUGGUCCAAAAGUGAUCCUUGUGAUCACUUGUAGUCUGGAUUUUCGUGAGCAAUUGUUUUCUUUUCAUUGCACCCUAUAAGUUAGAACAAAGUAUAGCGUAAAUAAUUUUCGAAAUAUUUGUAUCGUAAUUUUAUCUUAUAGUUAUGAAAAUAAUAUGAUUCAUUACAUAAUCGCGAAUUUGUUAUUCUUAUUUUCUUUUAAGCUAAAGUACUAUCGGUAACCAAUUUUCGUUGUGUGAUUAUCUUUACAUUUUAAUCGCAGCAAAAACAUUAUUCCUUGUAAUUGAAAAUAAUUUAAAAUUACAUUAAACGUAGUUCUUUUUUUUUUAGUGAAUUUUUCGAUAACUUAAUGCGCACGAUUAUCCUGCUAAAAGUACGGUUUUGCUACAGUUACGAGCAACAUUGUUCCAUUGUAAAUGGAAUAUGGAGACUUAUGUUAAGACUCCUUUUUAGACUUUAUUAGAACAACCCAUUUUUGAAUUGUAUAAAUGUGUAUAUGUGCACACAGCUACACGUACUCAGGCACACAUACAUACACACAUUCACGUAUAAACGUAUACUACUCACACGUACAAAAAUAUAAAAGUCUUAUUUAAACUAAAAUAAAAUAAAAAGUAAAUCACAACUUCAAA